UAAAGUGACGCCAACCGCCGCUAACCGUUGUAGAAGAAGAGGCAACACAACCAUUUGCUAGCCUUAACGACGAGUUGCUAACCUAAUAAUUGAGACACUUGACGAACAUUAGUGAAAAGUAAGCCCGAGCAGCGACACGGUUACCGCGGCCAGCGUGUCAUGCAGCUCUCUAAAGGGUAAUGAGCCGUAAAGCCUCGGGGUCUCGGCUCAGCGGCGCCCACAAACUGCAGCCACACUGGAAUGACUGGCAGCCCAGAGUGGACAGCGUGUCAUCCAGCCCGGACGGCGUGAAGUCCAGAGAGCUCGGUUCAGCGGCGGCGUAUGACGUGUUGCCCUGCAGCUACCCCGAGCAGCCAGCGGAGCCCCGCGAUGCCCACGCGCCUGCAGAUGACCACCAGGAAGAGGAUGGAUAUGACGUUGGUCACGGUGUCAGUGAUACUACAUUUGGUUGGAAGUCGGUGGGGCAAGAGUUGAGGACCAACGAUGUGACGACGGAUUUGACUCCUUUUCAGCAUGGAAACCGUGCUUUAGCUUCCAAGGACAUGAGGAAACUGCAGGACAGAGGGAUGGCUCACUCAGAGGAGUCUCGGCUGGCCAACCUCCUGCGCCGGGUCUCCAGGGAGGACGAUCGCGACCGCAGGCUGGCCACCCUCAAGCAGCUGAAGGACCUGAUCAGCCACGGCGAGAGCAAAACGACCCUGGUCAAACAGCUGGACACCAUCCUCAGCACCCUCAACGACAUUUUGAAUGAGAGCAGUAAGCUGCUGUGGGAGCUGCGGCAGGACGCCGCCGCGUGUCUGGGGCUCCUCUGCACGGUGCUCGGCUACGAGGCCGAGCGCAUCUUCAAGUGGCUCUUCCUCAAGUUCACCUCGAGCAGCCGGGACGAGGUCAAGCUGUUGUACCUGGUGGCAGCGCAGUGCGCGCUGGAGGCCGCCGGAGAGAGAAAGGCGUUCUCCCACGUCAUGCAGCUGGUGAUGAGCAACCUGCAAUCCAUCCUGGAGAACGUGGACACGCCAGAGCUGCUUUGUCAAAGUGUCAAGUGCAUUCUUCAGGUGGCCCGCUGCUACCCACACGUCUUCAGCACCAACUUCAGGGACACGGUGGACAUCUUGGUGGGGUGGCACAUCGACCACACGCAGAAGCAGGCGCUCACUCAACAGGUUUCAGGCUGGUUGCAGAGUCUGGAGCAGUUCUGGGUGGCAGACCUCACCUUCUCCACCACCCUCCUGGGGCAGUUCUUGGAGGAUAUGGAGGCGUACGCAGAGGAUCUGAACCACGGGAUGGCAGGCGACGUGCUGGACGAGGACAUCCCCCCACCCUCCGUGUCCCUGCCUAAGCUGGCAGCUCUGCUGAGGGUCUUCAGCACAGUGGUCCGCAGCAUCGGGGAGCGAUUCAGCCCCGUCAGAGGACCGCCCAUCACUGAGGUCUACGUCACCGAUGUUUUGAACCGGGUUCUGGCCUGUGUGACCACGGCCAAGCAGGUCCAGUUCUCUGAGCUGGUCCUCACAGCGGGGAAUGAGUGUGUGGGUGUCCUGCUGGCCAGUGUGGAGCCCUGUGGUGCGCUGAUGGAGGCCGUCCUAGCCUACGGACUGGACCAGCUGGACUGCUGCCGGGCUUGUGGCCCGGACUACAAUCUGGCAGUGCUCAGCCUCGUCACUCUGAUUGUGGACCAGAUCAACAUGAAGCUGCCUGCGUCCUUUGUCGAGAAACUGUUGGCACCGGAUUCCCAGCUGCUGAAGCUGCGCUUCCAUAGAGACAAAGAGGUGACGUCGGCUGUUCACGGCGUGUACCGGGCCCUUCUGAGCCUGAAGAACAUUCCUACACUGGAGGCAGCUUAUAAAUUGGUUUUGGGGGAGAUGGCAUGUGCCCUGUCCAGUCUGACCGCCUCCCUGGAAGCCGGUGGUCGGGCCCCGGCCCCCUGCACCGGCAUCCAGCACUCUGCUUAUGCGUCCCUCACCCUUCCCCCGGAGAAGGCCCAGUUCACCCUCAUCUUCAACCUCAGCACCCUCACCACCAUCGGCAACACCAAGAACUCUCUCAUCGGGAUGUGGGCGUUGUCUCCCACGGUCUUCACCCUGCUCAGUCACAAUCUGAUGCUGGUCCACUCUGAGUUGGCGGUGUACUACCCGGCCAUCCAGUACGCUGUACUCUACACGCUUUACUCGCACUGCACCAGGCACGAUCACUUCAUCUCCUCCAGCCUGUCAUCUUCUCCCUCCCUAUUCGAUGGCGCAGUCAUCAGCACCGUCACCACGGCGACAAAGAAGCACUUCAGCACACUGCUGAGUCUACUGGGAGGUCUGCUGGCCAAGGAGCACCUCUACCCCGAAGCCAGGAGGCUGCUGCUCACCUGGGCUCAGGAAAUCUCUGUGCUGCUGAAGAAGUCUGACGCCUACAGCCCUCUCUUCUCCCUUCCCUCCUUCAACAAGUUCUGCAGGGGUCUGCUGGCCAACGGUCUUAACGAAGACCAGAGUAUCUGCCUUCAGACCUGCCACAGCUUGCAGGUCCUCUCUUCGUCCCUGUCCACAGAGCUGUUGCAGAGGUGUGUGGACGUCUCCAGAGUCCAGCUGGUCCACUCAGCAGUGAGGGUGAGGCAGGCCUAUGGCAAGCUGCUCAGGACAAUCCCCCUCCAUGUGGCUUUGAGUAACCACAGCCACCCUGAGAUGCGGGAGAUGUCACUGGCCAUCCGCCACCACAUGAGCCGCGCACCAAGCAGCACCUUCCACCCCCAGGAUUUCAGCGACCUCAUCAGCUUCAUCCUGUAUGGAGUUGUGCACCGUGGCGGCAAGGACCCCUGGCUGGAGCGUCUGUACUACAGCUGCCAGCGGCUGGAGAAGAGGGACGGCCGAGGGGGGGCGGACGGCGGCAGGCCGGCUGCUGUGCCGCGGGUGCUGCUGAAGACGGAGGCGGUGCUGUGGCAGUGGGCCGUGUGGGAGGCGGCGCAGUUCACCGUGCUGUCCAAACUGCGAACACCUCUGGGCCGAGCCCAAGACACCUUCCAGACCAUCGAGGGCAUCAUCCGGAGCCUGGCGGCUCACAGUGUGAACCCGGAGCAGGACGUGGGAGCGUGGGCCGGUGCCGGAGGAGACGGGGAUUGUCACCACUCCAAUCAGCUCCGCCUGGCUCUGCUGCUUCAGUACGUGGAGAACUUGGAGAAGCUCAUGUACAACGCGUACGAGGGCUGCGCCAACGCGCUCACUGCCCCACCCAAGGGCAUCAGGACAUUCUUCUACACCAACCGGCAGACAUGCCAGGACUGGCUGACCAGGAUCCGCCUGGCGCUCAUGAGAGUGGGUCUUCUGUCCGGCCAGCCUGCAGUCACCAUCCGCCACGGCUUUGACCUGCUCACGGAGAUUAAGAACUGCGGUACCCAGGGCCCCGAGCUGGAGGUUCCUCUGACGUUGCUGGUGGAGGCUCUGUGUGAGCUGCGCUGUCCUGAGGCCAUUCAGGGCCUGGCCGCAUGGGGGCUCAUCACCACUGGUCGCAGUCCCGGCUGGCUGGCGGCAGUCGCCCUGCAGGCUGAAGGGCGAUUUGAAAAGGCAGCUCUGGAAUAUCAAGAUCAGCUGUCUGCGGUCACCGGGAUGGACUGCAGCAUCAAAAGCUCUGACUGCUGCCUGCUCAAACUCUCCAGCAACACAAGCAGCCCCAAUCACACCAGCAACGGUGACAGCAAGAAGACGGUGCUGCUGAAGUCCGUCGAGUGCUCUCCUGAAGUCAUCAACUUCCUGGCCAACAAAGCCUGCCAGUGCUACGUGGCCCUCUGCGACUGGAGCUCUGUGAAGGAGUGGCAGGCCGCUGUGCACGCCCUCAAACAGAACUCCAGCAGUCCGCUCAGCAUCAACCUGAGGACGGACUUCAACUACAUCCAGGCGCUGAGCCGCUUUGAGGAGGGAGACCUGGCAGAGUGUGGAGCUCAGCUGGAGUUGCUGCCUGGAGAAGACUGCUCGCUCUCCAGCAGCAAGGACAAGCUGGAUCUGAAAAGGCUUCUGCCCUCCAUGAGUCCAGAUCCCACUGAGCUGCAGAGAGCAAUCGAGGUGCAGCUCCUCCGCAGCGCGGUCAGCGCCAUGACUAAAGUCAAUGAGCAGCAGGAGCACAAGACCACAGCCAACCCAGACACGCUGGUACGCUGCCUGAAGCAGACCGGACGCAUCUGCCUGGGUCCUCUUCGCCUGUCUACUCUCACCCUGUCGGAUGCGCUGCCAACCUUGCCCACCCUGCAGCUCCACUGCACCGCCACCCUGGAGAACACUCUCACGGGACAGGAAGACUGCGUGAUUCCGUUGUGCAGUGAGGCGCUGAGCUCCUGUAAGCAACAGGAUGUGCAGCCUUUCCUUCAGGCCCUCAGAUACACAAUGUUCCAGAGGCAACUCCUCCAAAAACUCAAAGGUUUCUCUUCCACCAUAGACGGCCACCUAAUGGAGCUUUGUCUGACCGCUGUCAAGUUUGCUCGGAAGAAAGGCAACAUCGCCCUGGCAUCCCGUCUGCUCAGCCAAUGUAGUGACAGGACACAGGAAGAGGAUCAGCUGGACGAGCUGAACCAGGCCUUCAGGCAUCUCACCUUGGAGGGCACUCUGGGCGAGAAGUGGGGCCCAGAGCUGCAGAUCGAAAAAGCCAAAGUCCUGAGAACUGCAGGUCAGUCGAUGGCGGCCAUGGAGAUGCUGAGCGGGGCGGCACUGUCCUACUGCCAGCUGGGGAAGAACGAAGGCGCCGCCUGCCGCUCCUUGCUGACGCUGAGCAAAUGGCUGCUGGCCGACUGGAAGGACAUGACGCCUCAGCUUAAACAGGUGGUGAAGAGGUCUGGAGCCGUGAACUCGUCCAAUGCUUCCCUUCUGAGCCGCAAUGUUGCUGCUCUGCUUGAGCUCCCCCUUGAGGACCAGGGGAUCCCCCACAUCACAGCUGAGACCUCCGUGAGUGUAGGAGUUGGGGAGCCGGACUUCGUGUUGGGACAACUCUACCAGAUGUCCACCAGCCUGGCUCCAGAGAUGGCCAAGUCCUGGGCAGCGCUGGCCAGCUGGGCCUACCGCUGGGGCCGGAAGGUGGUGGAUAAUGCCAGCCAAGGGGAGGGGCUGCCUCUUCUCUCUGGGGAAAAAAAGGAGAUCGAGGAGCUGCUUCCAGCCACCACCAGCGAAGAAGACAAGGACACCAUCUUUAGCAUUCUGGGACAGGCCAUGUGUCGGCCUACUGGCAUACAGGACGAGGACCUGGCUCUGCAGCAGGACGACGAGGAGGACGACAUGGUGGACGUGAUCUGGCGGCAGCUCACAUGCUCGUGCCCCUGGCUGGGGGAGGCGGGCCAGCCUGUCACAGACGGUCUGAUCCGGGUUUGGAGACGGGUGGUGGACCGAAUCUUCGGCCUUUACCGGGUCUCCUGCCAGGCCUAUUUUACCUUCCUGAAGCUCAAUGCUGGACAGGUCCCCGUAGAUGAGGAUGACCCUAAACUCCUGCUGUCCUAUCACAACAGCAAGCAGAGCAACGACGAUGUGAUCGUCAUGGCAACCCUGCGACUCCUCCGUCUGCUGGUGAAACAUGCUGGUGAACUGAGGGAGGGGCUGGAGCUGGGCUUAGCCUCCACCCCUACUGCACCCUGGAAGGGUAUCAUACCGCAGCUCUUCUCCCGCCUCAACCACCCAGAGGCCUACAUCCGACAGAGCAUAUGCAGCCUGCUGUGUCGAGUGGCCCAGGACUCUCCCCACCUCAUCCUCUACCCAGCCAUCGUGGGCUCGCUCUCCCUGGGAGGGGAAGCUCAGAACGCCGGGAGUAAACUUCCGUCAGCUCUGCCCACCUUCUUGGGCAGCAUGCAGGCAAAGUGCCUCGGUGGGGAGGAGGAGGAGGCGGAGGCGGAGGCGGAGGAGGAGGCGCCAGACAGUGGCGAGCCAGGAGCGGCCCCAGAAGAGCUGGCAACGUUCUACUCCAGUCAGGACCAAGCCAUGAUGCAGGACUGUUACAGCAAGAUCGUGGAGAAGCUGUCCUUUGCCAACCCGACCAUGGUGCUUCAGGUCCAGCAGCUGGUGGGUGAGCUGCGCAGAGUGACCUUGCUGUGGGACGAGCUGUGGCUGGGCGUGUUGCAGCAGCAGCACAUGCACGUCCUGCGACGGAUCCAACAGCUGGAGGACGAGGUCAAGAGAGUCCAGAACAACAACACGCUGCGCAGAGACGAGAAGACCGCCAUCAUGCGCGAGAAGCACUCUGCUCUGAUGCGCCCCGUGGUUUUCGCCCUGGAUCACGUCUGCAGCAUCACAGCGGCUCCAGCAGAGACGCCACACGAGACGUGGUUCCAGCAGACCUACGGGGACUCCAUCACCUCGGCCCUGGAGCGCCUGAGGAACCCCUCCAACCCUGCCAACCCGGCCAGCAGCUGGCUUCCCUUCAAACAGAUCAUGUUGAGCCUUCAGCAGCGUGCUCAGAAGAGAGCCAGCUACCUGCUCCACCUGGAUGAGAUCAGUCCUCGCCUGAUGUCCAUGACCACCACAGAGAUGGCGCUGCCCGGCGAGGUGUCUGCAUCGGACGCUGUCACCAUACAGAGCGUGGGCAACACCAUCACUAUCCUGCCCACCAAGACGAAGCCCAAGAAGCUCUUCUUCCUGGGCUCAGACGGACGCAACUACCCCUACCUGUUCAAAGGUCUGGAGGAUCUGCAUUUAGACGAGCGCAUCAUGCAGUUCCUCUCUAUUGUCAACACCAUGUUCACCAAGAUCAACCAGCAAGAGCAGCCGCACUUCCACGCUCGCCACUACUCGGUCACCCCCCUCGGGACGCGGUCGGGACUCAUCCAGUGGGUGGACGGAGCCACGCCGCUCUUCGGCCUCUACAAGCGGUGGCAGCAGAGGGAGGCCGUACUGCUAGCGCAAAAGGCCCAAGACUCAUUCCAGCAGCAGCCAGUGCCUCCAGUACCUCGUCCCAGUGAGCUGUACUACAGCCGCAUCGGGCCAGCCCUGAAGGCGGUGGGGCUCAGCCUGGAUGUGACUCGACGAGACUGGCCUCUGAGCGUCAUGAAGGAGGUGCUGAAAGAGUUGAUGGAGACCACGCCCUCCAGCCUGCUGGCCAGAGAGCUGUGGUGUUCCUGCACCACGCCCAGCGAGUGGUGGAGGGUCACUCAGUCCUACGCCAGAUCCACCGCUGUCAUGUCAAUGGUGGGGUACAUCAUCGGCCUCGGCGACCGCCACCUUGACAAUGUGUUGAUUGACAUGACCACUGGAGAAGUGGUGCACAUUGACUACAACGUAUGCUUCGAAAAAGGUAAGAGUCUGCGGGUGCCGGAGAAGGUCCCAUUCAGGAUGACCCACAACAUUGAGACCGCCCUUGGAGUCACUGGCGUUGAGGGCAUCUUCAGGCUGUCCUGUGAACAGGUGGUUCAGAUGAUGCGUCGCGGCAGAGAAACCCUGCUCACUCUGCUGGAGGCCUUCGUCUAUGAUCCCCUGGUGGACUGGACGGCCGGGGGGGAAGUGGGCUUUGCUGGUGCCGUGUAUGGAGGAGGAGGAGGCCAGCAGGCUGACAACAAGCAGAGCAAGAGGGAGAUGGAGAGGGACAUCACGCGCUCUCUGUUCUCCUCCCGGGUGGCUGAGAUCAAGGUGAACUGGUUUAAGAAUCGUGAUGAGAUGCUGGCAGUGCUGCCGUCCGUAGAGGAGGCUGUGGAGGAGUACUUGGUCCUGCAGGAGCUGCUCUGCCAGGGGGAGAAGCUACAGGCCAAACUGCAAGAGGAGAUGGCCUUCCUGGAGGAGGCAGAGAACCACCCCGACCAUCUGAUCCUCACCCUGGAGCAAAGGUACUCUGAACACACCCAGCUGCAGUCGCGGCAGCGGACUGUGCAGGAGGCCAUUCAGAGCAAGCUAGCGGACCUGGACCAGUGGAUCUCCCAGUACCAGGCGGCAUUUUCCAACCUGGAAGCCGCCCAGCUGGCCAGCUUACUGCAGGACAUCAGCAGCCCCAUAGAUCUGGGCCCUCCUAGCUAUGUGCCAGCCACGGCCUUCCUGCAGAACGCGGGCCAGGCCCACCUCAUCAGCCAGUGUGAGAGCCUGGAGGCGGAGGUGAGCGCUCUGCUGCAGCAGCGCCGCGGGGCCCUCCGAGGCUGCUUGGAGCAGCUGCACAGCUAUGCCACGGUGGCUCUGCUGUACCCGCGGUCUACCCUGCUGCUUCACCGCGCCCACCAGUGGAAGGCCUGGUUGGAGGAACUGCUGAGAGACAUGACAGUGGAGCACUGCCAGCACAUCUACAGACAGUACGAGGUGCUGUUUGCGCCCCAGCCCCCCGUUGCCUCCUGCCAGCUCCUGUCCAAUGUGGAACUGACUUUGCAGCACCAAGUGGCCGACACCAACGACCGUGUGAUGCACCAAGCGGAGCGGCUGAAGGCUGAGGGCACAACGUGCGCUGCCUGUGAGGAGCAGCUGCAGGAGAUAGAGCACUGCAUCACCGUGUUCCUCGGGGAGAACGGAGAGCCGGGUUCCCUCAGCCUGGCUGCUAUCAUCACUUCUGCCCUCUGCUCACUCAGCAGACGGAACCUUGUGAUGGAGGGAGCAGCAGCCAGUGCUGGAGAGCAGCUGGUGGACCUGAUCUCCCGGGAUGGGGCUUGGUUCCUGGAGGAGCUCUGCUGUAUGAUUGGGAACUUCAGUGCCCUGGCAACACUGCUGCAACGCUGCCCACUCCUGCCCCAUGACCUGGACAUGCCCGCUCCCUCAGCCAUCACUCAGACCGUCUACCUGGUCAGCGCCGUGUACACCUGUUUGCAGGAACUGAACAACAACUUCCGUCAGAUCAUCUUUCCGGAGGCCGUGCGCUGCACGGUCAAAGGAGAGCCCACCUUGGAGUCCAUGUUGGUGGAGCUGGAGCAGCUGGUGGAGCAGAGCUCCGAUGGUCUCGGCCUGCAAGGUUUGGUGGACAGUCUGCAGGCCCCCACCGGCCUGGACCACGAUGGGCGCAACCACUGCCUCCACAUCACCAGGGUGCUGCGUGCUCAGUACUCGGAGCUCAUCCAGCCUCGCAGUGUGGACGGACCGGGCCAGGACACACCCAAGAUGUCCGCGGGUCAGAUGCUGCUAGUGGCCUUUGAUGGCAUGUUCACCCAGCUAGAGGCGGCGUUUGGACAGCUCACGGAGAAGCUGAGUUCUCUGGAGGUUCCGGCGGCCUGGAGGAAAGUGGAUGUUCUGAGGGAGGCUCGGGCCGCGCAGCUCCACUUCUUUGACAGCGCGAGUCAGCGGCAGCUCAUGGAAGACGUAUUCUUCCUCAAAAGGCUGCAGACCAUCAGGGACUUCUUCCGACUGUGUGCCUCCUUUGCUCAGACUCUGUCUGGUACCCCGUCCCCAGCGGAGGACCUGUUACCUACCAACGGGCCGGUGGGUCUGGGGAAGCCUCUGUACCGGCGGCCCAGUGCCGCAGGGUCCGGUGCCGCCGUGGUCAGCGAGGACCAGAUGAGCCGCCCCAUCAAGGCCUUCACGGCCGACUUUGUUCGUCAGAUGCUGAUGGGUCUGUCCGGCCAGGCCAUCGGGCUGGCCCUGUGCAGCACCCUGUCCGCCCUCGGCCUGGACGUGGUCUCCCAGGUGGAGGCCAAGGACUUCGGUGCCGACAGCAAGGUGUCUCUGGAGGAGCUGUGUAAGAAGGCGGUGGAGCAGGGCCUGGCGUCGGGCCGGCUGUCCCAGCUGCUGCUGAACCGAGCCACGGUGCUGGCCUCGUCCUACGACACGGCCUGGAAGAAAGUGGACCUGCUGAGGAGGCUGGACGCCAACCUGGAGGCCGCCAAGGCCAGCCUGCAGAGGAGCCAGCUGCACAUCGCCAUGUUCCAGUGGCAGCAUGAGGACGUUCUAGGCCCCAACAAUCAGCCGCUAAGCGUCAGCAUUCUUCCUCGCUCAGUCAUACUCGGCAACAUGAAGAAGAAGCUGUACAAGCUGAGUCAAGAUGAGGGAUCCAUCAUGGCCAUCCAGGAGAAACUGGCGUCGCUGGAGGCCAGUAUUGAGCAGCGCCUAAAGUGGGCUGGGGGAGCCAACCCGGCCCUGGCCCCCGUCCUCCAGGACUUUGAGAUGACCAUUAGAGAGAGGCGCUCCAUGGUGGCCCGAGAGAACCAGCGCAGCAGCCAGGUCACCUUCCUGUGCUCCACCAUACUGAACUUUGAAAGCCUCCGGACCCGGUCCCCCGAGGCCCUCAACAUGGACGCAGCGCUGUUUGAGCUGCUGAAACGCUGCCAGCAAACCUGCUCCUAUGCUGCCCAGUUUAGCAGCACAGUUUCCCCACUGGAACUCCAACUCCUGCUCAGACUGAGUCCAGUGCUGGACCUGCCCAUAGGCAGCUCUGAUUGGCUGAGCUGUGCCCAGAGGCAGCUGGAGGAGGAGCUGAGCGUUGAGCGGAGGACUCAAGAGGAGCGGGAGCAGCAGCUGGAGUCCUGCGGGGAGACUCUGCAGCUCCUGGUCGACUCCAUCAAGACCAUCCUGUCCAACCACAACCGCCAGCUGGCUGACGUCAAGCACCUGCUCAAAGCCAUGUCCAAGGACGAGGAGGCGGCGUUGGCCGAUGGUGAAGACGUGCCAUAUGAGGGCAGUGUGCGUCACUUCCUGUUGCUGUACAAAGCCUGGCAGGACAACAUCCAGCUGGUGCUGUUCACCGUGGUCCAGGCCAGCGGGCAGCCUCGCAACCAGGAGCAGUUUGAACUGCUGGAGGAGAUUCCUGACACCCUGAAGGAGCUGCACUCGCAGAGCCAGAGCGUGUACAACGGCCUGGUGGGCUUCGCCUCCCCGCUGGUGACGGACCGAGACGGCGAAUGUUCCAGUCCUGUUUCCGCCGCGCAGACGAGCUUCGCCGCAGCUGUCAAAUGCAGUGGGGUGAAGACCCAGCCGGACUCCAUGUCCCAGAAUGCCCGCAAAGCUCUGCCACGCAACCUGGGGACCCCCACUGACACCCCACCCAGCACUCUGAUGAUUAACAGCAAAGGCCCCAAUCCCAGCCCCAAGAGGGCUGUACGGGACCCCAAGACGGGACGAGCUGUCCAGGAGAGGAACUCGUACGCAGUCAGUGUGUGGAAGAGGGUGAAGGCCAAGCUGGAGGGCAGAGACAUCGAUCCCAACAGGAGGAUGAGCGUCACAGAGCAGGUGGACGUUGUCAUCAAAGAGGCCACCAACAUGGACAACCUGGCCCAGUUGUACGAGGGCUGGACUGCCUGGGUGUGAUUGCUACGCCACGUCAUGUCUUUGGUCCAACAAAGGCUUGGAGAUCCACCAGAGUCCAGCAGGUCUGGGGUGUCGGAACAGCAGCACCGGGCCACACUUGGGGGAGGACAUGGGAAGCGGCUGCUAAGUCCGCCCUCCCAAACUCCUGGGAACCCAAACUGGGGCAGCGACCCAGUAGCACUGCUGCAACCACACUCCCCAACCACCGGCGAUCGGGCCAACACAACGCUUUGUGGGCCUGUGGCCCCGCCUUCCUUUCUGGGGUUUGACCAGGCACUGCAGCGCCGAAUGGGGGCAGGAGGGAUAAGGCCUCCUCAACUUAGAAAUACCUUCCCCCCUCACCUGCAUAGCUCACUGUCAAAUCGUACCCAUAAACAUCUCUGCAUCCUGUUGCGCCAAUCAAACUCUGCCUGAGGGCAGGAGGAAGCAGGGAGCGAGCUGAGGAACCCCGCUGGCGUGCAGUGGAUGGGACUUCACCGGGGCCGAGUGGGCGUCCACCUGUUUAUCACCAAUCCUUUCCUCAGUGGCGUUGUGUUUGUGAUUGGCCAGAGGGUUGUACAGUUGGGCAGUAACAAUGAGGAUGAAGGUUCAAUAGGUUUAUCCCACCUGAAGCCUGAAACGAAGGGGAAACAAUAAUCCAACUGUACUUUGGUUGAUAAACGUAAAUACAUUUACACAUAUCUCAAUAAAGGAUUAAGUGGAUUUGUUUUCUCAGGAAGGUUCUUUGUGCUUCUGUGGAUGAAAGUGAAACGUUCUGUCAUGUCUAAUAGUUUGCGAUGGCUCAUCUGUGCUUCGAAUGGACAUUUAAAGGGGAAUUCACUUAGAAAAUGGACGGCCCCAUCUGAUUAUUUUUCUUCUGUGUGCAUCACUAGUCUGUGUAGCUUUAUAACGAUGUUCAGUCCUUCUUUAGCCACAACUGUAGGAGUAGAUUUUUGAAGCUGUUGCUUGCCUCAUACAAAUCCCACCCCUCCCUAAUGCUUGCAUUUUAUUAAUCUUGAGCUUCUAGUUUUACAUUUUUAGUAGGAGAAAUUACGUUUUUGGUGUUAGUGCAAAUUGUUUAUUCUUAAAGCUUUUAUUGGAUUUUGUUGGAUAACAAAUAAACAUGGAACUGAAAUGG